UACUCGCACGCAGUAUUACAGUAUUAAAAUAUCACAUCGGAUUAUGUAAUUGAUCAGCGCAGUUACUACAAAGGGCGACGGGUGCCAAAGAAAGUCCUUGGCUGCUAGAGAUGCCGUUGUGCCGCUGCUGGAGAAGCCACCGGAAGUGCCACUUGAGAUGCCGAUGCCGCGAUUUGCGCUAGCCCUUACUGGGAAAAUGACUGCUUACAAUAUCAGGAAACACAAUUCCACGCAACAUUUCAGUUUUCAGGGGCCUCAUUUAUAACCGUUGCGUAUGCUCAAAACAUGCCCUGAAAGAGGCGUACGCCACUUCCCACGCAAAAGAUGGGAUUUAUAAAAACAAACUUAACGGAAAAAUGUGCGCACCUGCACGCAAACUCUGACCCAUGCGUACGCACAUUUUGGAGACAGAGCAGUUUGGCGACACCGAUGGUGAGUUAGUGAACUCAAGUUAGAUUGCAAAAGAUCUAAUGGAACUGAAAGAAACAUCAGUAUAUCCUCAUUGUGGAAAGGGAUUUGAAAGUAAAGAGCAGCUUGUGGAGCACAUAAGAAUCCACACUGGACAAAAGCCUUUCACCUGCCCUCAGUGUGAAAAACAUUUCUCAAGCCAAGGAAGACUUACUGCUCACAUGAGAACUCACACUGGAGAGCGUCCAUUCACUUGUGUUCAGUGUGGAAAGAGUUUCACAUUAAAACAUCAUCUUCAAGCUCACAUGAAAGUUCACACUGGAGAGCGCCCAUACACAUGUGUUCAGUGUGGAAGGAGUUUUGCAGAUAAAAUAAAUCUUGAUACCCACAUGAGAAUUCACUCUGGAGAGCGUCCAUACACGUGUGAUGAGUGUGGAAAGAGUUUCACAAAUAAAAUAAAUCUUGAUAUCCACAUGAGAAUUCACACUGGAGAGCGUCCAUACUUGUGUGUUCACUGUGGAAACAGUUUCACACAAAAAAAAUGUCUUGAUGUCCACAUGAGAAUUCACACUGGAGAGCGUCCAUACUUGUGUGUUCACUGUGGAAAGAGUUUCACAGAUAAAAGAAAUCUUAAUACCCACAUGAGAGUUCACACUGCAGAGCGUCCAUACUUUUGUGUUCACUGUGGAAAGAGUUUCACACAAAAAAACAAUCUUGAUGUUCACAUGAGAAGUCAUACUGGAGAACGACCAUACACCUGUUCUCUGUGUGGAAAGAGUUUCGCAGAUAAAAGAAAUCUUGAGAACCACAUGAGAGUUCACACUGGAGAGCGACCAUAUGUGUGUGUUCACUGUGUAAAGAGUUUCACACAAAAAAAAUGUCUUGAUGUCCACAUGAGAAAUCAUACUGGAGAACGCCCAUACACAUGUGUUCAGUGUGGAAAGAAUUUCAAACAAAAAUAUAUUCUUGAUGCCCACAUGAGAAUUCACACUGGAGAACGGCCAUACACAUGUGUUCAGUGUGAAAAGAGUUUUAGAUACAAAAGAAAUCUUGUGAACCACAUGAAGGUUCACACUAAAGAACGCCCAUACACCUGUUCAGAAAGAGAAAAGUAGUCUUAAGAAA